GCUCCCUGGUAAUGUAAUUUAAAUGUAAAUACAGCUUCCCUCGAACAAAGUGUAGCAGCGGUGCAGGGAGUUCACCUGGAUCUAAAGCCAGCAGCCACCAGAACAGCUGCUUUCAGAGUCACUACGUGGCCUGUAUGGCCGCCAUCCUGAGCCAGAUGGACAAGGACCACUACAGCUCCUACAUCCAGGCGUUCCCCUCCCGGGCCGAGCUGAUGGACUUCCUCAUGGAGACCUUCAUCCUCUUCAAGGACCUGAUCGGCAAGACGGUGUACCCCUCUGACUGGAUGGUGAUGAACAUGGUGCAGAACCGGGAGUUCCUGCGCGCCAUCAACCAUUUUGCCACGACCUUGACGGAGAUGUUCCUGAGCAGCAGCAGCUUCGAGCUGCAGCUUUGGAACAACUAUUUCCACCUGGCCGUGGCUUUCCUCACCCAGGACUCCCUGCAGCUGGAGAACUUCUCCCAGGCCAAGCGCACCAGCAUCCUGGCCAAGUACGGGGACAUGAGGGCCAAGAUUGGAGCUGCCAUUCGGGACAUGUGGUACAACCUAGGCCAUCGCAAGAUCGAGUUCAUCCCGGGCAUGGUCGGCCCCAUCCUGGAGAUGACGCUUGUGCCGGAGCUGGAGCUGCGCAAGUCCACCAUCCCCAUCUUCUUCGACAUGAUGCUGUGCGAGUACCAGCUGACCGCCAGCUUCAGCCGGUUUGAGGACGAGAUCCUGCGCAAGCUGGACAGCGAGGUGGAGGGUGGCCGGGGAGACGAGCAGUACAAGCAGCUUUUUGAGAGCAUCCUGCUCAGCUGCUGCCGGAGUCACCCUGAGCUGGCCAAGCCCGGGGAGAACUUUGUGGCGCUGGUGACGGGGCUCCUGGAGCGGCUCCUCGACUACCGGGCGGUUAUGAACGACGAGAACAAAACCUACAGCAUGAGCUGCACCGUCAACCUCCUGAACUUCUACAAGGAGAUCGACCGCCAGGCCAUGUACAUCAGGUAUCUGUACAAGCUGAAGGACCUGCACAUCAGCUACGAGAACUACACGGAGGGAGCCUACACGCUGCUGCUGCACGCGCAGCUCCUCAAGUGGUCGGAUGAGGCGAAUACGGCGCCCAUGCAGGGCUUGCACAGCCCCAGCCUGCACACACAGCGCCAGCUGAAGGAGGCUCUCUACAACCAGAUCAUCAACUACUUCGACCAGGGCAAGAUGUGGGAGGAGGCCAUCCACAUCUGCAAGGAGCUGGCGGAGCAGUACGAGAGCGAGAUCUUUGACUACGAGAUGCUGAGUGAGAUCCUGCAGCGGGAAGCCAAGUUCUACGAGAAGAUCCUGAAGGUGCUGCGGCCCAGCCCAGACUACUUUGCUGUGGGCUACUAUGGGCAAGGCUUCCCCACCUUCCUCCGGAACAAGGUCUUCAUUUACCGGGGCAAGGAGUACGAGCGCCGGGAGGACUUUGAGAUGCGGCUGCUGAGCCCCUUCCCCAACGCCGAGAAGCUGAAGACCACAUCUCCGCCCGGCCCCGACAUCACUGGCUCCCCGGGGCAGUACAUCCAGUGCUUCACCGUGCAGCCGGUGGAGGAAGCCAAGGUCCGGUUCAAGGACCGGAGCAUCCCGGAGCAGAUCACCAACUUCUACAAAGCCAACCACGUCCAGAAGUUCAGCUACUCGCGGCCCUUCAAGAAAGGCCCAAAGGAUCCAGACAACGAAUUUGCAAACAUGUGGAUUGAGCGGACGACCUUUGUGACAGCCUACCCGCUGCCUGGCAUCCUGCGCUGGUUCGUGGUGACCACCACUACCACGAACAUCAUCUCCCCGCUGGAGAACGCCAUCGAGACCAUGAUGAAAACAAACGAGAAGAUUCUGAGCGAGAUCAACCGGCACCAGAGCGACCCCAGCCUGCCUGUCAACCCACUGUCCAUGCUGCUCAACGGCAUCGUGGACCCUGCCGUCAUGGGUGGCUUCGCCAAGUAUGAAACGGCCUUCUUCCAGGAGUCAUACCUGAAGGAGCACCCCGAGGACCAGGGGAACAUCGACAAGCUGAAGGACCUGAUCGCCUGGCAGACCCCGCUGUUGGCAGAGGGGAUCCGGAUCCACAGGCGGAAGGUGACGGAGGACUUGUGGCCCUUCCACGAGCGCAUGGAGCAGUGCUUUGUGCAGCUGCGGGCCAAGGUGGAGAGCCAGUACGGCGUGCGGGAGAUGAUCUCCUUCGAGGACCGGCGAAGUGGGCGACCCCGGUCCGCGGCCUGGGGACCAGACUGGGACCGGCUGAGCCAUGCUGGAGACAGCACGGAGGCACCCCUGACCCCAAAGCCUGCCCCACGCACUGCCGACAGCGAGGACCGCAGGAGCGAGCGCAAGGAGAACCGCUCCAGCACCUUCUUUGGGUACCGGCGGCAGGAGACGCGCCUGUCUGUCCCGGAGAUGCCUGAGCCCAAGGAUGACAAACGGAGACUGUCCCGCAACAUGAGCGAGAGCAGCCUGGGCAGCUGUGAUGGGAAACAGCCCCCGCCGAGCCGCGAGCCCAGCACUGCAGCGCUGUCCCCGUCUCCCACGGGCUUUGGCGGCCGCGUGAAGAGCGCCAGCAAGGCCCCGCCGCUGCCCCGCAGGAUCAGCCCCACCGUGUACGAGGCCUUCCUGGAGCAGAGCGAUGCUGCCAGCGGGGGGAAGCCGUUGCCAUCGCCGACAGCGGAUGGAAGCAGGGGCCUGAAGUCACCCCCACCGCCACCACCGAAGUCCAAGCGGCUGUCACAGCUCUGAGCCAUCCCUGCCCUGCCCGUGGGGCCCAGAGCUGGGGGACCCUGCCCCAUACAGCCACCCCCUGCCUCUCCCCCAGCGCUUGCACCAGAAGCACCCUGCGUGGCUCCUGGACGCCCUGUGCGCCCCGAGGUGCCGCUGCCCUCGGGCUGUGCCCCAGCUGGGACCCCCCGACCACUGCUCUGCUUCAGACGUGGCCCAGCCCUGCUGCACCCCCCAGCCCCCACGCAGCUCCCCCAGCGCCGUGCCCGCAGGCCACCAAGAGGGCUGCCAUCCCACCACCGCAACCACCCUGGCACAGGGCGGGCCGGAAAGCUCCCUGCCAGCCUGUGCUGAGCUCCCCCGUACCCUCCCUCGGCUGCCCCCAUCCCACAGCACUGGGACGAACGCUUCUGGCCCUGGCUGUGAUCGCACAGGAGCCAGCCAGCUCCGUGCGCGCAGCCUGGGCAGCGCCGUACCCCGUGCAGUGCCCUCCCUCCUGCUGGUAUCCAGCCUCACAGCCCCCCUGUGCUGAGCUAGCACCGCUGCGGCCAGCAGCACGGCCCCCGCCUCCCUGCUGCAAGCACGCUGCAGCCACGAGCAGACCAAUAAAGGACCCACUUGUCA